AUGUCCACAGCCGCCUCCUCUGUGUCGCCCUCGGCGGGCGGCAUUGCCGUCUACAAUUCGCUCAAGCCCGGUGCCGCUGUGCCCUUUGUUACCAAGGAGGACGGCUCCGUGUCUUGGUACUCGUGCGGCCCCACCGUCUACGACCUGAGCCACAUGGGCCAUGCGCGCAACUAUGUGUCCACCGACGUCAUCCGCCGCAUCCUGAUGCACUACUUUGACCUCAAGGUCAACUUCGUCAUGAACAUCACGGACGUCGACGACAAGAUCAUCAUCAAGGCCCGCCGCAAGCGCCUCUACGACCUCGAGCGCCAGAAGCCUUACGGCCCUGCCGAACGCCACGCCCUGGCCACUGCUGCGUUCUCGUCCUAUGCCACCGCCAAUUUGCCGCUGCUCCUGGGUGACAACAGCUCACCUCUGGACGAGACAAAUUACGUGGCGCGCCGCGAUGCGGCCUACGGCGGCGUCCUGGCGGGUGGCACGCUGGCCACGACCCUGGGCGACAAGCCGGGCGACGCCGAGGCCAAGACCAAGAUGCACAUUGCCAACAUGGACGCGGCCGCGCGCGGCCUGCAGACGGGCAGCGUCUUUGACGAUGCCGAGGAGAUUUUGCUGCCGUACCUCGACUCGCUCUACAAGGAGACCAUUGACACCAGCGACCAGACCAUGUUUACCGACCUGACGAAGCAGAUGGAGCAGCUGUUUACGGACGACAUGGAUGCACUCAACGUGCUGCCACCCGACGCCAUCACGCGCGUCACCGAGUACGUGCCACAGAUUGUGACGUUUAUCGAGGGCAUCCUUGCCAAGGGCUUUGCAUACGAGGCCAAUGCGUCCGUUUACUUUGACAUUGAUGCCUUUGAAAAGGCCGGCAACACCUAUGCGCGCCUGCGGCCCGAGAGCAAAAACGACAAGGCCCUGCAGGAAGAGGGCGAGGGCUCGCUCUCCAAGAGCUUGGCGGGCAAGCGCCGGCCGGGCGACUUUGCGCUGUGGAAGAAGUCGAAGCCCGGCGAGCCGUACUGGCCGAGUCCGUGGGGCAACGGUCGCCCCGGCUGGCAUAUUGAGUGCUCGGUCAUGGCGUCGGACAAGCUGGGCGAGCAGAUGGACAUCCAUUCGGGCGGCAUUGACCUGGCCUUCCCGCACCACGACAACGAGCUGGCGCAGAGCGAGGCCUUCUUCCACCGUCCGGGCGCCGGCGAGCACAGCUGGGUGCGGUACUUUUUCCACAUGGGCCACCUGUCGAUUGCGGGCUCCAAAAUGUCCAAGUCGCUCAAGAACUUCCAGACGAUCCAGGAUGCGCUCGCCACAGGCUACACGGCACGCAGCAUGCGCAUCGUCUUCAUGCUGAGCCGCUGGAACGACGGUCUGGAGAUUUCCCCCGACAUGCGCAAGCAGGCCAGCAGUUUUGAAAACACGCUCGACAACUUCUUCACAAACGUCAAGGCGCGGUUGGCCGAGGCUGGUGUUGUCAGCGGCAUCCAGAAGGUGUCGCUGGGCGAGGCCGAGGGCACGGCAGCCGCGAGCAGCAGCGGUGGCCUGGCUGCCGAGUUCGAGCAGGCCAAGGUCGACCUCGAUGCGGCACUCCGCAGCUCGUUUGACACACCCGGCGCAUUGCAAGUGAUCCUGCGCCUCGUCCGCAACGCCAAUGUCUCCAUGAGCGAACCCAGCGCGGACUUUGCGACUAUUGAGGCCGUUGCCCGUUGGGUGACCAAGAUUGUCGGCGUCUUUGGCCUCGACCCCAACGCACAGCCGCCCUACGAAUCCAGUCUUGGCUGGGGCCCCGCCAACCCGACGUCCAAGGCGGCCGGUGGCGGUGUUGUCGACCCCAAGGUGGCCGUGCAGCCGUACAGCGGCGUGUUCGCCAAAGUCAAGGGCGACGUUGCAGCGCUGGGUCUGACCACGGAGGCAGCGCUCAGCACGCUACUGUCGGAGCUGCGGCCGGAUGCGGAGUUUGCUGUUCUCGAGAAGGAGUCGGCUGCCUCCGGUCAGUUUGAUAUUGAGCGCCUGGCGCUGCCGUUCCUACGUGCCGUGUCCAGCCUGCGCGACGAGCUGCGCCGCACGGCCGCCAACCCGCACAACAAGGACAAGAAGGGCUCGAUUCUGGCGCUCAGCGACCGCAUCCGCGACUACGACCUCGUCGAGCUCGGCGUGCAGCUGGACGACCAGCCGGAUCGUCCGAGCCUGAUCAAGUUUGUGCCCGUGGCCAAGCUGGUGGCGGCGCGAGAGGAGAAGGCCGCUGCUGCUGCCGAGAAGGCGCGGCUCAAAGAGGAGGCCGCCCGGGCGCGCGAAAAAGCCGAAGAGGAGAAGUGGGCCAAGGCCAAAGUGCCGCCGCAGGAGCUGUUUCGCGACAACACGGCUGAGUUUGGCGCCUGGGACGCCGACGGUCUGCCGACAAAGCUGGCCGACGGCGGCGACGUUCCCAAGACGCAACAGAAGCGGUUGAAGAAGGAGUGGGACCGCCAGAAGAAGCUGCACGACUCGUACCUGGAGAAGUUUGGCUCGGUGUAG